CUCACUUAUGCUGUUUUUACUCAUACACUGUUUUCUUUCUUCUUCUCGCUACUUUCUCUAUCUCUUGCUCCUGUUGUGAUAUACUUAUUUGUUCACCCUCAUCGCCCUCCAGAGUGCAGGUGACCCUGGCCGCCACACACUAUGUGUCAGUGCCAGGACCUGUUGCCAAACACAUACACCAGCCUUCUCUGCCAUUGAGAGGAUCCGGAGACUAGUGAGGUCCUGGGAAGUACAGUGCUGAGGAAGACAUGUCGAGGGUGUGCUCUACUGUGGUGCUGGUGUUGGUGACCGCCACUACCACUAGUGCCAGUCUGGAGGAGUUCCUGGAAUUGUUUUGGGAGGAUGCCAUGAAAGACGACCUCCCAGAUUAUCCGAACAACUUCCUGAAUACCACUCUGGGAAGUCAGGAGGAUGGCCCACCAGAAUACCUGAAGGUAUUUCUCGGAGAUCAGGAGGGUAGCACUGGAGAUAAUUCUGAUUAUUUUUUGAGACGCAUCAUGAGAAAUGUGAAAGCCAGCACGACAAGGAUGGAAAGGGAAAUGGAAGAGAACAUCAAAGAAAUCUGUAGUUGCUUUAAAACUCCAUUCCCCAGCCAGUCCUGCACCCGUACUCUUUUGCAGAGCUUUGGAACUAUAAUCCUCAAUGGCAAAUGCAUCGGUGGGAACAUAAGACGACGUAGGCAACAGAAUCAAAGGAGAGAGGUGGAAAACACACCGCAGUCUUUUGGCAAAGAAGAAGAAUGGUGUCAGGGCUUCAACAGGUUCAUCUUUGUUUCAUCUGGUAGAAAAACCGAGCUGAAAAUAAGCAGUGCAUCUUCCCUCAUAAUAUGUCAUAAAAGCAUCAAACCUCAUCUGGAGCAUCUGACUAUCUCAAGUGUACAAGAGAUCAAGGUGUCUCCAGAAGCCAUUAUGCCUCGAUCCAUCAACCUUAUGUUACAUUUGACUAACAUCAGGCACAAGUUUACAUUACUUCAAAAUGGGUUCUUAGUAAAAAACAAUACCUACAAUCAACCCAUACCCAAUAAUAAUCUUGAGUUGAAUGAUGUUCCUUUACCCCCAGUAGAAGUGCAAUUGGUCAUAGACACAGCAGAAGAAGUUGAAUUUAAGACUGGAAGUCUUGUAGCACCACGGUUAUCUGUCAGCUUGAUUAAUGUCAGUCGCAUACACAUUGAUCCUCAAGCAAUCAUAUCAUACUCUCAUCCACAGGCAUCCUCCCUUAAAGUAAACCAAAGUAAGUCCCUCAUACUAGAAACUCUCUCUACUAGAAUAGGAAACUUUAAAGCUACAGAUAUAAACCAGAUUACAUUGAAGGAAAAAUCGUUAGCAAUGAUACCUGAUGGAGGUGCAAUAAGCCUUGAGUACAUUGGAAAUGCAAUUCUAUAUGGCAGUGCAUUGACCCUGUCUCCUAGUAUGUCUCUAACAUUAAGGAAUGUGAGUAUAGCUUCAGCCAGCCGCCGAUCCAUAAUCAUUGACAACACAACAUUAGGAUCUCUUCGUUUUCUUUAUUUACAAAAUGUUCGUGGUGCUAACUUAGAAAGUGGUGCAUUAUGUCUUGUGGCUGAAAAUGUAAUGACUCAGAACUUGGUGCUGGAAACAGAAAACAACACCAUUGCCGUGUGCAUCCAGGAUGAGUCAGUGGAGGGUGAGAGAGAAUUGAGGGUGUGGAAUGGAGCAAUACUGUGCACAGGAAGAAGACACACCAACCUCCUGUGCAAUGACCCCCGGUGUGCCUCGUGCCUUCCACAACUUUCAGCCUCAACAAUAGACUUCCCAGCACCCUCAUACUCCUCUUCAACCUCGGCAAGUGACUCAAGCUUCACAAAAGUUGACUCACCUGAGAGCCUUGGAAACCAUAAUGAAACUGACUCACUCAACUCAUCUGUUCCUCAUCAAGACAUAGGAGGAAUGCUUUUGUAUCCAGUAAUAAUUCUUAUUAUUGUUGCUGGAAUUAGUAUUUUAACCGUAUGCUGCAUUUGUAAACUCCGUAAACGUAAUCGGAGUGCAAAGUACGAGCUGCCUCAACCUGUCCCCAGCUGUACUUUCCAGAGGAACAUUGUCACUGCUGAUACACUUAGCAGAACUGAACAACUAGACAUAAAUACCAUUUCUGCUGAGAUAUAUGUCCCUCUCAGUGAGUCUCAGUUCCAUAAUAGGCAAGAACUGCCCAGUGAUGCAUCCAUUCCACCAAUCAACUUCCAUCUGCUCCCUGCCACUGACUACAGACCACCUACUACUACUGAUAAAGUGCCUGAUGAUGAAGACACUUUGGCUGAAACUAAUCCUCUUUUUAAUGAUCCAAAUACACAUGGUAGUAAUGAUUAUGAACCUAACAUCCCCACACCACCACCCAAUGGCCACACAUUAUCUGAUUUCCACACAUCUUGUGUUGACAGUUAUGAGCUGUCUGCUGAUGCCUAUACAUCACAUUCUGAUGGUGAGAGCCAGCAGAUCUGAAUGAAGGGGCUUUUUACCUUCAAGGCAAAAAUAUACCCCAAUUCCUUCUAAAGCACCAUAACAUUUUCUUCUUUCGUUUAGAAAUUAGAAUUGAUGUGCUUCAAAGCUUAAUGAAUCGUAUCCUUCUCAGAGAUUGAUAUGCAUUUUUAUGGUAAUACAUAAUAAGAGAGCUCAGGCUCUCAAUUGGCUCAGCCAUGUCAAUAUUGUUAUUAUUUUCCACUCUGUAUCUGUAUUUUUCUGGUGAAAUAAAGUUUCAAUAAA